AUGGCGCUUCGUCGCAUAGUGGGCUUCUGGGCUCUGGUCCUAGGCACAGUAUCCGAUGCAACUUUGGUAGGCAAGCGCGCCAUUCAGACACAGCCCAUUGAGAUCAUCGUCGGAUCGUCUACAUUGUAUGAUACUUUAACCAGUACAUUUCUCAUCCGAACUGAUGCUACCUACACGGCCAAUACUCCCGUUUAUGGGCAUGGUGAACCAAACACUACAUACAACAUUCCCCUCGAUUCUCAGUGGCCAUCAUGCGGCACUGUAAUGGUGGAGAGCCAUGUGACUAUACUAUCGUCGACCGACCGUGUAAUAUCUGCGCCCGAGACAACCACUCUGCCGACCGAGAAUCCGUGUGAUAUAGUAACCGUGAUCGUCAGAAUGCAAGGUUACAAGAAGGGUGAUCCCAACGCUCCUUCUUCCCAGGCUCCGAUCUCGGCUUUAUCUCCUCCUGAUGCGCAAAGCUCUGCUCCAUCCGGGGCAGACAGUUCUCCCAUUUCUCAAGGUGCCUCUGCGGUAUCUUCAGAUCCCACAGCGCCUGGGCAAGGUACAGAUAGCACCGCUGUUAGCAACAUGCAGUCUUCCCAGGGCGACUCUACAACGUCUUCAGAUCCUGGAGUGCCGUGGACUACAAUAACCUCGCAAGGAACUGGUACUGAUCCCAUGACCACCACUCAAUCUCCAACUAGACCCGGCGAGACAGGAACAGUUUGGGUCAUGGCCGCCAGGUCUCAAAUGAGCUCAGACUCCCCGAUUGAGUAUACCACCGUCACAAGCACCGGCACCGACGCCAGUACUUACACAACCACGGAGGCCCCGUCAGGAUCUGGCCCUGGUACGGUGGUAAUUGUUGUACCAAGCCCAUUGGCUCAAUACACAACCGUGACAUCCUAUGAUAGCUCGAUUACAGCUGCAGCCACGAGCAAAUUGACUCCUAGUGCCCCAGGAGGAACCGGUACUGUUGUUGUCUAUGAUCCGUAUGAUUGGGUGACCACCACCUCUUAUGACGAUGCCGCUUCGUCUGACCAUAUAACGACCAUGUGGCCUUCGGCGUCUGGUCAUGUAGGAACGGUAGUCAUGGUUAUGGCAUAUAAAUGGGUGACAGUCAGCUCAUAUGACCAAACAAUCACACCCGCAUCUACAAAAACUAUUUCCCCAGCGUCCCCUGACCAAACAGGUACCGUUGUGGUAUAUCAGCCUGAUCCAUGGAUCACAGUGACUUCCUAUGCAACUGUCACGGCAGCGUCAACAAACACUAUAUCUCCAACUGCUCCAGGCGCAACAGGCAAGGUUGUUAUCUAUCAGCCAUACCAGCGGCAAGUAGUCACCUCUUACGAUUCAAGCAUCACAGCCGCAUUCACGACCACUAUGCCACCGCCUCCUGAUGCACAGACAAUCAGUGUUAUUGUAUACCAACCUUAUAAGUGGGCCACCGUUACAUCUUAUGGAGAGUUUACAUCUGACUCUACAUCCACUAUAUCUGCAACUGCUCCAGAUGAAACAGGCAGUGUUAUUGUGUAUCAGGCUAAUCGGUGGACAACCUUCACUUCCUUUGGAGAAUUUACAGCUGCAUCGACAUCUACGAUAUCACCAUCUAAUCCGGGUCAAACUGGCACUGUAAUCAUCUUCAAUCCACAGCCAUAUACAACCAUUACUUCUUACGGAGGUACUACAGCUGAAUCGACAACAACUAUAGCUCCGUCCACUCCAGGGGCGACAGGGAUCGUGGUUGUCUUCAAAUCGCAGCCAUAUACAACUAUUACGUCGUACGCAGCUGUCUCAACCGAUACCACACACACCUCGCCUCCUCCUGCUCCUGGCCAGACAGGCAUUGUUUUGGUCUUGAUGCGACAGGCGUAUACGACUAUUACUUCGUAUGGAGACGACGUCACGGCUGAAUCUACAACCACUAUAGCACCAUCUACUCCAGGGCAAACGGGUACUGUCGUUAUCUUUGAUCCACAGUUUUAUGUGACCGUCACCCGAUAUGGAAGCGUCACGGCUGCCGCUACAACGACUGAAGGCGGUGACGGGCCCAGCCCAACUCGUACCGUCGUGGUUGAUCUCCCUCAGCCCUACACUACAGUCACUAGCUAUGGCGCUUUCACCGCAGCCACCACCAAAACAUAUCCGCCCUCCGAGGCAGGGAUGACAGGCACUGUAGAAGUUGAUCUUCCGCAACGUUUUACAACCGUUACGAGCUACAGAGAUGGUCUGACUGCGGCUGAGACUACAACAUACCCAGUAGUUGUGCAAGGACAGUUUGCUACUGUUGAGAUUGAUUUACCUCAGUCUUACACAACAGUCACAAGCUACAUUGCAGGUCUCACAGGCCCGGCAUCUACGACCUUACCAGCAACCAAUCCAGGCGAUGUGAUGACUGUAGUCCUUAGCCUUCCUCAGCCUUAUACAACUACCACGACAUAUGCCGACAGUCUGACCGCACCUUUGACUACAACAAACCAACCGGCUAGCCCUGGGGACCCUGCCACAGUUCCUAUAAAGAGCCCUCAGUCUUAUUUAACUGUCACGAGUUAUGUUCAAGGCUUACCUGCUCCUAUGACUACGACGAACCAGCCUGCUAAUCCUGGAGAUCCGGUCACUGUUCUUGUGCAAAGGCCUCAGGCAUACACGACUGUUACCAGUUAUGGUCCGUUUACAGCGGUAGCAACCACUACCAUGGCACCAGCUUCACAGGGUGGUGUAGCCACUGUUGUGGUACAAUCGCCUCAGCCAUACACAACUGUAACCAGUUAUGGUCAAUUUGCAGCAGCAUCAACUACUACAAUGGCACCAGCGUACCAAGGUGGAGUAGCCACUGUCAUCGUGGACUUGCCUCAGUCCUACACAACUACCACAAGCUGGGGUACUUUCGCAACAGUUGGUACUACCACCUGGUCGCCAGCUUCUCCGGGUGGCGUUGCUACAGUGGUUGUGCAAAAACCCCAACCAUAUACCACUGUAACUAGCUAUACCACUGUCUCAAGCAUCAGCACAUCCACCGGUACACCUGCUGUCGCUGGGCAGACUGGCACUGUAGUUGUCAUCGCUCCCGCAGUUGGAACCAAGGCUGCAGAUCAAACAUGUGGCAACGCUGGUCUGGAAUACGCUAUCUAUACCAACUCGUACACGAACGCUGAUGCGCCCAAUUACUCUUCCCUCAACGUCGGAUAUUUUGCCACCGCUUCACCGACGUACACUGGUAUUACUACCUCUAUGGGCAUCUUAGAACCAGGAGGAGUGACAGGAGGGAACUCCGGCCCCGCUCAGGCUAUCUAUCCUGGCUCACCGAGUCAGACGUGGCAGUACAAGGCUGUGAACCAUCGCGCAUUCUUAUAUGCGCCUAUUACUGGUACUUAUUCUGUUGUUGUCCCCUAUUCAGAUGAGAUUACACUGGUUUGGUACGGUAAUAAGGCCUUAUCAACAUGGACACGUGCCAAUGCAGAUCUGGAGCAGGGUUAUUCAUACGGGCCUUCCAGCUCUAAGACCCUUAAGAUUCAAUUGACAGCGGGUACUUACACGCCGUUCCGAGUUUUCUGGGCUAAUGCUCAGGGAGAUUAUGCUAUGUCAGCUCCAGCUCGUUCGCAACGCACAUCCCGCGCCCCAAGCGCCGCUAUGGCCAUCUUUCCCUCCUGGCAAGGCUUUGAAUGGCUCUCAAUGCCUAAAACGGGGAAACGGGAACACGCGAGCUCUUCGCCACUAGAGGAAGACAGCGAAGGACAGGGUGUUGGGGACUUGGUUGUUCCAUUGACGGAGGAGAUCCACGCAACCUACGUGCAAAGCGUUAUAGGCUCGUUUCCCUCUUUAGUUAUGGUCCUUGCGAAAGCAUGCGCACUAGUUGCCAUCUGUCCCGAUACACAUUAUGUCCAGGCAUUCGUUGCUUACGUCGUGAUCCUGGAUGACUAUAACUACAUAGCGAAUGUGCCUGAAGACGUGGACCAUGCUACACUUACGCAUCAUUAG